GAUCAUUAUACACUCCAGUUUACUUUAUGUGAGGAUUUUGACUCUUGUGUUACUCAGGAAUCAUGAUCCGUGUUUCAGCUCUCUUCAUUUUUCUGGCUUGUACGGUGCUGUCUGAAGCGCAACAUGAGGCGGGCUACUGUUCCUUCUAUGAGGAGUGUGGCCGUAACCCUUUGAUAAAUGGAUCCCUCAUUACUCCUAUUGUCCCAUGCUAUGAUCACAGCAGGGCCCGACGUCUCACAGGAAACCACUACAAGAGGCUCAAAGAGGUGUGCCCGAUGCUGGACCGUGGAGAGAACAACACAUACGCCUGCUGUUCAGUCCAACAGCUGCAGUCUCUGGAAACCAGCUUAACCCUGUCCAAGGCCGUGCUGGUCCGCUGCCCCUCAUGCUCGGAGAACUUUGCCCACUUGCACUGCAUCAACACCUGCAGCCCUGACCAGAGCCAGGUAGUCAACGUCACCAAGGUGAUGAACGUCACCUACUUGGGGAGGACCAGGGAGGCUGUGGUGGGUUAUCAGUCAUACCUCACCGCCAGCUUUGGAGAAGGAGCCUUCAACUCUUGUAAAAAUGUCAAGAUUCCUGCAACGGGCGGUUACGCAAUCGCCACGAUGUGCGGCCGCUAUGGCGCCUCACUGUGCACCGCCCAACGCUGGUACGACUUUCAAGGAGACUCCAGUAACGGCCUGGCUCCGCUUGACCUCGAUUUCAAGCUGAUUAAGGAGGGAGAGUCUUCGGAACCCAUUCCGGACGGGGUGAUUCCCUACAACGGUAAAGCUCUGGGCUGUAACGAGACCACGACUUCAGGAGGUCAGGCCUGCUCCUGCCAAGACUGCGUGGAGUCGUGUCCCAGUGUGCCAAAUCCUCCGCCACCCGAUGCCCCCUUUACUAUCCAGGGUGCUGACGGCGUUCUGGUGAUUUGUAUCAUCAUAUUCUGUGUCUUGAUGCUUUUCUUCGUUAUUUACCUGGUCGUCUCCUACUGUAAAAAUGGAAAAAAGAAAGAGAAAGGAGAGGGAAAACUGAAAGAUCAGAAGAGCGACGUAACUGAGAGGAUCAUUCGUCCGGAAGAGGUGACCUGUAUUGACAGAAACAGCUUGGCUGCUCAAGAUUUCCUGAGCUUGCUGUUUCGGCGCUGGGGAACGCUGAUGGCCACUUAUCCUUUCGUGGUACUCCUGGCGUCGGCGGUCGUUGUGGCUGCUUUGGCUGCUGGCCUCAUAUCCCUCGAGCUCACCACUGAUCCAGUCGAGCUGUGGUCUGCCCCCAACAGCCGUGCUCGUGAGGAGAAAAACUUCCACGAUACGCACUUUGGCCCUUUCUACAGGACAAACCAGUUGAUUUUGACGGCACCUGGCAGAAAGGGCCACAUUUACGACUCGUUGCUGUUUGGACCUCAGAAUUUCAGCGGUAUCAUAUCUAAAGAGCUCAUUAUUGAGCUUCUUGAGCUCCAGCAAAGAAUACAGAGUAUCUCAUUCUUCUCAAAAGAUCUGAACCGUACAGCAACUCUGGCGGAUGUGUGUUACGCUCCACUAAAUCCAAUCAAUUCCACUUUAACUGACUGUGCGGUCAACAGCUUACCGCAGUACUUCCAGAAUAAUCUGGACAACAUCAAUGCUAAGGUGGAGAUGACUGAGCUGGGAGUGACCAAAGAGGUGGACUGGAGAGACCAUCUGAUCUACUGCCUUGGCUCCCCGCUGUCAUUCAAAGACAUCACCGAUUUAGGCUUGAGCUGCAUGGCUGACUACGGAGCGCCAGUCUUUCCGUUUCUGGCUGUGGGAGGCUAUAAUAAUGAGGACUACACGGAUGCAGAAGCCUUGAUCAUGACUUUCUCCCUCAACAACUACGCUCGUGACAAUCCCAAGUUCAAGGUGGCUUUGCAGUGGGAGACAGAGUAUCUGAAAGUUGUCCAGGACUACCAGAAAAACCCGAAGGCCAACUUCACCUUUGCAUACAUGGCUGAGAGGUCUCUUGAAGACGAGAUCAAUCGAACGACAGCAGAAGAUAUUCCGAUCUUCAUGAUCAGCUAUGCCGUGAUUUUCGUCUACAUCGUCGUGGCGCUGGGGGAGUACUCCUCCUGCUCACGAAUACUGGUGGACUCCAAGUUUCUGGUGGGUCUGGGUGGGAUCCUGGUGGUCGGCUGUUCUGUCCUGUCCUCCAUGGGUUUCUACUCAUGGGUCGGCAUCCCCUCCUCACUGGUGAUUCUGCAAGUCGUACCCUUCUUGGUGCUCGCAGUUGGAGCCGACAACAUCUUCAUUUUGGUUUUAGAAUACCAGAGAGAUGUGCGGAGACCUGGAGAGAAGCGGGAGGAGCAGAUCGGUCGUGUACUGGGAAGUGUGGCUCCCAGCAUGCUCCUGUGCAGUCUCUCUGAAUCUGUUUGCUUCUUUUUGGGGGCCCUGUCGACCAUGCCAGCUGUGAGGUCCUUCGCUCUGUACGCAGCUCUGGCUGUGCUCAUGGACUUCAUCCUGCAGAUGACAGCAUUUGUAGCGCUGCUGUCCUUAGACGCUCGGCGUCAGGACAACAACCGCUGUGAACUGGUCUGCUGCGUCAAAGUGUCAAAAGAGCGCCCAAGGAAGCCCAACGAGGGCCUCCUGCUGCCCCUCAUGAGGAAAUACUAUGCCCCCUUCCUGCUGCACACCUUCACCAGGAUCAUAGUGAUGGUGGUUUUCAUCUUCAUGUUCUGCGCGUCUAUAUUCCUCAUGCUGAAUGUGAAAGUGGGUCUGGAUCAGGAGCUGGCCAUGCCACAGGGCUCCUACAUGCUGGAGUAUUUCAAAUACCUGAACAAAUAUUUUGAAGUCGGAGUCCCUGUUUAUUUUGUCACAAAAAAAGGCUACAACUUCUCCACUGUGGCGGGCAUGAAUGGCAUCUGCUCCAGUGUGGGCUGUGAUCAGUUCUCAAUGACCCAGAAGAUCCAGUAUGCUGCCAACUACCCGGACCGAUCCUAUGUGGGAAUUCCUUCAAACUCCUGGGUGGACGAUUUCGUGGACUGGUUGAACCCUGCAUCCAGAUGUUGUCGUAUUUACUCCUUUGGUGAAAAUAAAGGAAAAUUCUGUCCUGCGAGUGAAAGCAGUUUUCUCUGCCUUACCAAGUGUAUGGCAACGCCGCCGGAUGGCGUUCUCAGGCCUGACGAGGCCGAGUUCAAGCGCUUCCUCCCUGAUUUCCUGGGUAACAGGCCCGACCUUCAGUGUCCCAAAGGCGGUCUUGGAGCUUAUGACACGGCGGUGGUGAGAGAUGAGAAUGGAGACAUAAUAGCGUCACGUUUCAUGGCGUACCACACUCCGCUGAUCAACUCCCAGGAGUACACCGCCGCGCUGAAAAUGUCCAGAGAGCUGGCUUACAAUAUAACCAUGAGCAUGAGAGAAGUGAACAACACCUCACCCGACUUUGAAGUCUUCCCUUACACGGUAACGAACGUGUUUUACGAGCAGUACCUGACCAUCGUGUCGGAGGGGCUCUUCAACAUCUCCAUGUGUCUGCUGCCGACCUUCGUGGUGUGCUGCCUGCUGCUGGGCUUGGACCUGCGCUCCGGCCUGCUCAACCUGCUCACCAUCAUCAUGAUCACGGUGGACACGGUUGGAGUCAUGACGCUGUGGAGCAUCGACUAUAACGCUGUGGCUCUCAUCAACCUGGUCACGGCGGUGGGGAUCUCUGUGGAGUUUGUGUCCCACAUAACGCGAUCCUUUGCUCUCAGCACGAAGCCCACACACGUGGAAAGAGCAAAGGAGGCUACAGCCAAUAUGGGAAGUGCGGUGUUUGCCGGUGUUGCCAUGACCAACCUGCCAGGCAUCCUCGUGCUGGCGUUCGCCAAAGCGCAGCUCAUCCAGAUCUUUUUCUUCCGGCUGAACCUCGUGAUCACACUCCUGGGAAUGGCCCAUGGACUCAUCUUCCUCCCCGUGCUGCUCAGUUAUUUUGGCCCUGGUGUAAAUAAGGCAGUGCUGCUGAAGCUCCAACAGGCCAGAGGGGAGGAGAACCGAGAGCACAAGAUGAAGAAAAACUUCUACGACAACAUUAGCUAUGAGGGCAGUGAGCAGAAGCAGCACCCGAACUCACACUCCAUGAACCCUUCCACCAUGAACAGACACACACGGGACGAUAAAAUUGACCAUUUCUGA